CUCUCAUAUCUUGCGCAGUGCUAACGGUUCUUCCAGCUUCCAUCAAAGCUGCCACGGGCGAGGUGGCUAAGAAGUUGAUGUCAUUCUACACCGGUUACAAGCCCGGCGACACGCCAGGCUACCUGCCGGAUCCAUACUACUGGUGGGAAGCAGGAGCUAUGUUCGGAGCCAUGAUAGACUACUGGUACUACACAAACGACACGACCUAUAACGACAUUGUCGAGCAAGCCUUGGUGCACCAGGCCGGCGACGACCGCAACUACAUGCCCAUCAACGCAUCCAAAUCUAUGGGUAAUGACGAUCAAGGUUUCUGGGGUAUGACAGCCAUGAUGGCCGCUGAGCGCAACUUUCAGAACCCUCCCAAGGACCAGCCGCAGUGGCUCGCGCUAGCACAGGCCGUCUUCAGCUUGCAGUCGGGUCGCUGGGACACGGAAACGUGCGGUGGCGGCCUGAAGUGGCAGGUCUAUGUCUUCAACAAGGGGUACGACUAUAAGAACAGCAUCAGUAACGGUGCCAUGUUCAACAUUGCGAGCAGGCUCGCGGUCUACACCGGCAACGCGACAUAUGCGGAGUGGGCGGAGAAGACGUGGGAUUGGGUCGAGUCGGUCGGUCUCAUCAACGAGAAGGGAGACGUGUUUGAUGGUAGCAGCGAUCUCUUGAAUUGCACGGAGCUGGAUCACACCCAGUGGUCCUAUAACGCAGGCAUCUGGCUGCACGGCGCUGCGAAUAUGUAUAAAUUUACCAACAACUCGGAGUUGUGGCUCGAGCGCUCUACUCGCAUCUUCAACAAGGCAAGCACCCAGUUCUUCUGGAAGGACACAGGUAUUAUGUACGAGCCCUGUGAGGCCAGCCCUGGCGAGCCCCUCUGUAACAUCGAUCAAAUGUCCUUCAAGGCCUACCUCUCCCGCUGGAUGGGCGCCACCUCCCGUCUCAUCCCCUCCCUCGCCCCGAGAAUCAUGGCCCUCCUCACCUCAUCAGCCGUCGCCGCUGCAAACCAAUGCAUACCUGGGGCCGUUGGGGCUGCAUGCGGCCUGCGCUGGUACGAGGGUACCACGGACGGCCGUGAGGGAGUCGGCCAGCAGAUGGGUGCCAUGGAUGUUAUGGGUUCGCUGCUGGUGACUGGCGCAAGAGACCUGGUUACUAACAAGACGGGUGGCACAUCGAUAGGUGAUUAUGGUGACUCGGUGGAUACUGCGGCCAAGGUUCGAGGGUCGAUCGAGGUGACAACUGCGGGGAGAGCGGCGGCUGGUAUGCUAACGGCAGGCAUGUGCGCUCUCGUUGGUGUAGCGGUGUGGUUCAUGGUUGGGCCUGAUGGGUGGGUUGCAUAGAUCUGAUAAGAGGGUAUUGGGGUUAUAUGCAUAUUGGUAUUUCCAGUGGGUUGGUUAUUGUAAGUACUGUUUGGAGUAUCAUACCAUGUUUUGGAUGAAAGAGUUUACGUGCGGAUUGCAUAGGGUUACCUGUAGAAAUCAGAAGCGAAAUACGAAUUAAAAUUUAACAUGAACGGAA